AUGAUCCAGGGCACCUUGGAGCUAGAUGGUCCCCUCUGGGGCUGGGACUGGGACAGUGACAAUGACUGGGAUAGUGCUGUGCUGGCCCUCCUGGCGCUGGCUGUGGUGGCUGCCACAGCGCUGGCCUUACACUGGUUUGGCUCCGGGCACGACCAAGAGGCGGCAGAACCGGUGUCCACAGCCCUUGGGGCUCAACCUCAUCAGGCAGGAGGAGCUGAGCUGGCCCUGCAACCGAAGUCCAAGGUCAGUGAUGGCAGCGAGGGGCAGAGCCCAGGGCAGGGGAAACCAGAGCCCCCAGGACGCGGCCAGCAGAGCCCUGUCCCUGCUGCAGCGCCGGGCGGGGGCCUGGCCGCCAUGGCCCGGCUUCCACUCAAGACAGCUGUCGAGGAGGCCCGCAGAGGGGCAUUAGGACAGCAACGGGGCAGUGCCACCCCCGCGGCCCCCCGAGCGGAAGGAAAGGAGCCUCCCAGGCCAGGCACUGCCCUCCUGGGCAGGAGCGAAGCAGGCGGGAUGUCCGCCCCCCUCCUGAUCCACUUCACUCCUCGGAGCCCUGGCAGCGAAGCGGAGGCGCAGGCGGAGACAGGUGGUGUCAGGGCGUCCUCUCGCCAGGCCGCGGGCCCCGCGGGGCAGCAGGACACUGGCCCCUGGCAGGCGGGCGCGGCGCCCUCGGGCUCGAUGGGGAGAGGCCGCGGCCGGCGGCGGCGGAUGGACGCUGGCUCGGGAGACAGAGCCCGGCGCCCCCGGAAACUGGACCCGCUCCGCCUGGGCGCCGCGGGGAGCGUGUGGGACGCGGUGGAUGAGGCCGCAGCCCUGGAUGCCCACGCGCGCGGCCUCCCCACAGGACCCCCACUCGCCCGGGAGCCCGCACCCCCGGCGCUGCCAGCGCCCCGCGCCCCGCAGCCUGGGUCUCAGACGGGGGGCUCUGGGGCCGAGGGUGGCUGGAGCAGGGGGGCUUCGGGGGUCCCUGUCCCCGGAGGAGGCUGGCCCUGGGCCAGCAGGGAGGUCCCGGGCACCCGGAGCUUUGGCCCAGCCCCAGGCUUCACGCGCCCCUGGCUACAGAGUCCGCCUCAAGGUCGCCCACUCUCGCCCCAAGGGCCGGGCGCCACAGGGGCCCACGAUGCGGGCGAGGCCGGGGCUGACAGCUCCCGAGAUAACAGUCCCGCCGCUGACCUGGGGCCCACCCGGCCCCCGGAGCAAGCAAAGCCCGCCGCAGCCCGCCACAGCCGCGCCCCCUCCCGGAGCCGUGAGCCUCGCCCGCGCUCCGCCUCCCCGCCCGCAGCUCCCGGCCUGGCAUUCCCACCUGAAGCCCUGACUCUCCCCUCUCCUUCAGAUUCUUUGCCCCUGGGGGUUCCCGAGGGUCCUUCUGUGGGCGAAAAUCUCAGAGCGGCGCCAGCCCCAAGUUCAGCCUCAGCCCACGUCUUAACUUCAGCUCCAACCUCAGUCCUAGCCCCAGCCCUGGCCUCAUCCCCAACAUCAGCACCAACCUCAGCCACCACCUCAACCUCAUCCCCCACCUCAGCCCCAACCCCAGCUCCAACCUCAGCUCCAACCUCAGCUCCAACCCCAGCCCCAACCCCAGCUCCAAUCAGCCCAACCCCAGCUCCAACCUCAUCCCCCACCUCAGCCCCAACCCCAGCUCCAACCCCAGCUCCAACCUCAGCUCCAACCCCAGCUCCAACCUCAGCUCCAACUUCAACCCCAGCCCCAUCCCCUGCCCCGCCCCAACCCUCACGCCCCACCCCAGCUCCAACCCCCACGGCCCCAACCCCAGCUCCAACCCCAGCUCCGAAUCCAGCCCCAGCCCCAUCCCUUGCCCCAGCCCCCACCUCAGCCCCCCCACCCCCAGCUCCAACCCCAGCCACAUCCCCUGCCCCAGCUGGCGGGUCAAAGCCUCAGGAGAGCGUGGCUGUCCCCAGGCGCUACCAGGAGGGGCAGGUCUCAGCCAGCUGGGGAAACCUUAUUGCCAUGGUUCUUAGAAGCCACCCCUUCCCCAGGCAAGAGAGGCCCCAAGGGAGUGUCCCGAGGGCGGUUCCUGGGAGCCCCGUGGAUCCCAGCACUUCCACACACUCUGAGGACAGACACGGCCCCUUUUCUUCAGUGGGGACAGUCAUGGGGACAGGUACAGGGGGCCUGGUUGAGGCUGCAGGUCAGCCACAGACAAGAAGCCCUGAGACCAACGGAGCGCCCAGCCCAGACCCUCCCCCAGGCCUAAGAGGAGAGGGAACCAGGGAGAAAAGUCUAGACUCGCUGCCCCAAGCCGCGAUGCCCAGGGGCCCCGCACAGCCCCCCGCGCAGAGGCCGUCUGGCCCCGCGGCCUCCUCCUCUGUGAGGCGCUCACAGCCGGUACCGCAGCUAUGGAAACGCAGCAGGUGCGAAGUCGCCCCGACCUCGGAGCAGGAGGUCAGGCCGGCCGCCUCAGGGGACCCUCAAGGGGAGGCGCCGGGGGAGGGGGGCAGCCCUGCCGGCCGCAGCGGGGCGCUCACAGAGAAGCAGAAGGAGGCCCGGAAACUUAUGGUGUUUCUGCAGAGGCCCGGGAGUUGGGGGGUGGUGGAGGGGCCCCGGAAGCCCAGCUCCCGGGCCCUGGAGCCCACCACGGCGGCGGCCUUGCGGCGGCGGCUGGACCUGGGCAGUUGCCUGGACGUGCUGGCCUUUGCCCAGCAGCACGGGGAGCCCGGCCUGGCGCAGGAGACCUACGCGCUGAUGAGCAACAACCUGCUGCGAGUGCUGGGAGACCCGCGCCUCUACCGCCGGCUGAGCGCGGCCGACCGCGAGCGCAUCCUCAGCCUGCGGACCGGCCGGGGCCAGGCGGUGCUGGGCGUCCUCGUACUGCCCAGCCUCUACCAGGGGGGCCGCUCAGGGCUCCCCAGGGGCCCUCGUGGCGAGGAGGCUCCUGUGGCGGCCCCUGUGUCCCUGCCUCUACCUGCGCACCUGCAUGUGUUCAACCCCCGGGAGAACACCUGGCGGCCCCUGACCCAGGUGCCGGAGGAGGCUCCGCUCCGGGGCUGCGGUCUCUGCACCAUGCACAACUACCUGUUUCUGGCGGGGGGCAUCCGUGGCUCCGGUGCCAAAGCCGUCUGCUCCAACGAGGUCUUCUGCUACAACCCUCUGACCAACAUCUGGAGCCAGGUUCGGCCCAUGCAGCAGGCCCGAGCCCAGCUCAAGCUGGUGGCCCUGGAUGGGCUGCUCUAUGCCAUCGGUGGCGAGUGCCUGUACAGCAUGGAGUGCUACGACCCGCGUACAGACGCCUGGACCCCACGCGCGCCACUCCCCGCAGGCACCUUCCCUGUGGCCCACGAGGCUGUGGCUUGCCGUGGGGACAUCUACGUUACGGGGGGUCACCUCUUCUACCGCCUGCUCAGGUACAGCCCCGUGAAGGAUGCUUGGGACGAGUGCCCGUACAGUGCCAGCCACCGGCGUUCCAGCGACAUCGUGGCGCUGGGGGGCUUCUUGUACCGCUUCGACCUGCUGCGGGGUGUCGGUGCCGCUGUGAUGCGCUACAACACGGUGACCGGCUCCUGGAGCAGGGCUGCCUCCCUGCCCCUGCCCGCCCCUGCCCCACUGCGCUGCACCACCCUGGGCAACACCAUUUACUGCCUCAACCCCCAGGUCACUGCCACCUUCACGGUCUCUGGGGGGACUGCCCAGUUCCAGGCCAAGGAGCUGCAGCCCUUCCCCUUGGGGAGCACGGGGGUCCUCAGUCCAUUCAUCCUGACUCUGCCCCCUGAGGACCGGCUGCAGACCUCACUCUGAGUGGCAGGCAGAGAACCAAAGCUGCUUCGCUGCUCUCCAGGGAGACCCUCCUGGGAUGGGCCUGAGAGGCCGGGGCUCAGGGAGGGGGCUGGGAUCAGAACUUCCUGCUCUUGUUUCUGGACAACUUUCCCCUUCUUCUUUAAAGGUUGUCGAUUAUUUUGAA